AUGUCCAGUGGCUCAGCCCCUCCCAACCCGCAACGAUCCAAGACCGUCCGACUCACCGUCGUCGCCGCCGAUGGCCUCAGCAAGCGAGACGUCUUCCGCCUGCCCGACCCCUUCGCAGUCAUCAUGGUCGACGGCGACCACACCAAAACUACCACAGCCAUCAAGCGAACACUCAACCCCUACUGGAACGAAAGCUUCGACAUCACCGUCAAAGACUCCUCGGUCGUCACCGUCCAGAUCUUCGAUCAGAAGAAAUUCAAACGCAAGGACCAAGGCUUCCUGGGCGUCAUCAACAUCCGAGUCUCCAGUGCAUUGGAUCUCGAUCUCGGCGGCGAAGUCACUCUGACGCGCGACUUGAAAAAGUCAAACGAUAACAUGGUCGUCCACGGCAAGCUCAUCGUCCAGCUCUCCACCAACACCUCCACCCCCAUCCGCAACCGUCCCCAGCCCCCGCCGCCCUCAAACGAGAGCUCAUCCAGUCUCAAUGCAACCAGCACCCCCACCCCCACCCAUUCCAGCACUCUCAGCACCGCCUCACCCUCUCCGACUAACACCCCCGGCUCCACCUCAAGCGCCAACAGCGAGCUCACCAGCCCCUCUCACAUCUCCCCCACCACCGUUCCCUCCACCUCUACCAGCAGCACUGCGGGAACGAUGUCCAACCCAUCAACCGUCACCGGCAACUCGAGCACCAACAGAAACUACUCGACCACCGAAGACCAGUACGGCCCCUUACCCACUGGCUGGGAACGUCGAGUCGAUCAUCUCGGCAGGACCUACUACGUCGAUCACAACACGAGGGCUACCACCUGGACCCGUCCGCCCCGAAGUACAGAAGCUCAGGUCAACCAGGCCAACGCUGCCCAGGCCAACGAUCGACAACGAAUGAACAAUCGGACCCUGGCAGACGACCUCCUUGCCGAAGGCGCCACCACCAUCAGCGGCACCUCCUCGACCGCCAUGACACCCCACGCUUCUUCGACUGCCUCCCCAUCCGUCAGCGAAUCCACUCCUGCGGCCACUUCCACCAGCACGCCCGCAGCAGCCGGCUCAGGAUCAGCUGCAACCGCGACCAUCCAGGGCGGCUCGACGACUGCCGGCUGGGGCCCACUUCCCGCAGGCUGGGAGCAACGAUUCACCCCGGAGGGCCGGCCGUACUUUGUCGACCACAACACCCGCACCACCACCUGGGUCGACCCCCGUCGCCAACAGCUCCUCCGGGUCAUGGGCCCCAACGGGAACAACGUCCAGCCCCAGGCCGUCUCCCAACUCGGCCCGCUCCCCUCCGGCUGGGAGAUGCGUCUCACAUCCACCGCCCGGGUCUACUUCGUCGACCACAACACCAAGACCACUACUUGGGACGACCCCCGCUUGCCGAGCUCCCUCGACCAGAACGUGCCCCAGUACAAACGCGACUUCCGCAGGAAACUCAUCUACUUCAGGUCCCAGCCCGCCCUCAGACCGAACCCUGGACAGUGCCAUGUCAAGAUCAGACGCAGCCAUAUCUUCGAGGACUCCUAUGCUGAGAUCAUGCGUCAGCAACCUAACGAUCUCAAGAAGCGUCUCAUGAUCAAGUUCGAUGGCGAGGAUGGACUCGACUACGGCGGCGUGUCUCGAGAGUUUUUCUUUCUACUAUCGCAUGAGAUGUUUAACCCGUUCUACUGUCUCUUCGAGUACUCGGCCGUCGACAACUACACCCUGCAAAUCAAUCCCCACAGUGGAGUGAACCCCGAACAUCUCAAUUACUUCAAAUUCAUCGGCCGGGUCCUUGCCUUGGCUAUCUUCCACAGACGGUUCCUCGAUGCUUACUUCAUCACCAGUUUCUACAAGAUGAUCCUUAAGAAGAAGAUCGCCCUUGCGGACAUGGAGAGUGUGGAUGCCGAGAUAUUCCGAUCAUUGACAUGGAUGCUGGAGAACGACAUCACGGAUGUGAUUGAAAACUCGUUUUCGGUAGAGGACGAGAAGUUUGGCGAAGUAGUGACGAUCGACCUCAAAGAGAACGGGCGAAACAUGCCGGUGACGGAGGAGAACAAGAAGGAAUACAUCGAGUUGAUCACGCAAUGGCGGAUUGAGAAACGGGUGGUGGAGCAAUUCCGGGCGUUUCUGAGCGGCUUCCACGAGCUGAUCCCGCAGGAACUGAUCAACGUCUUCGACGAGCGCGAGCUCGAGCUCCUCAUUGGAGGGAUGUCGGACAUCGACGUCGACGACUGGAUCAAGCACACCGAUUAUCGCGGGUACCAGCCCGACGAUCAGGUCAUCAAGUGGUUCUGGCAGGCCGUCCGGGCCUGGCCUGCGGAGAAGAAGUCCCGCUUGCUCCAGUUUACCACCGGCACGUCGAGGAUCCCUGUCAAUGGUUUCAAAGACCUCCAAGGAUCCGACGGCCCUCGCCGCUUCACGAUCGAGAAAGCCGGCGAAAUCACCCAGUUACCCAAGUCCCACACCUGCUUCAACCGGCUCGACUUGCCUCCCUAUCCCAACUUCGACCAGUUGGAACAGAAGAUCAGCUUCGCUAUCGAGGAGACUCUUGGGUUUGCGGUCGAGUGA